AUGGUCAUACACCUACAGAAUUGUGAGAGGCAACCAGAGGAAGUCUGUAGACACGCAGAGCAGCAAGCUGUUGACCAAGGCUGGAUUCAGCCAACUUCUGCAUUUAUGCAGCCAGUACAGGGUGCUCUUCCAUCAAGCCAAAAUCCAAUUAUUAGUGUUCCACCCUCAGUGGGCAAUCCAUCUUCUUCAUCACUGUCACCUGUUAUUGACCCAGCUCUUUUGUCUUCUGCUGGUUCUGGGACUCCCUACUCCCCUGCUCCUUUCCCUGGUAUGAGCCCUGUGCCAACAUUGGUACAGCUGCCCUCAACUGUUACAUCUCAUUCUGACACUCCAACAUUGGAGGUCCUACCUGUGCUCCCAGUCUUGAAACAUCAACGUGUUUCAUCACAGCAUCUUCCAUCUGGAACUCCUCCCCCAACUCCUGGGGUUAUGCAGUGGUCUUCUGCUCACCAGGAGCAUUUUGAGCAUCACAUGGCCAACAUCACUGCUUCCUGUGGUUUCCCUUUCAACUGGGUGGAGAAUCAAGCAGUUAGGGAUUUUCUGGAUGACCUCCUACCAUAUGCAUCCCAUCUCUCCAGUUACCAGCUGACAAAUCAUGUUAUACCUCAGCAGGUCAACUAUUAUCAACAGGCUGCUAAGGAUGCAAGUAAGGGGUGUCAGGGUACUUUGCAGACUGAUGGUUGGACUGGGAUAAACUUUCACCAUUUGGUUGCAUUCAUGAUCACUACAGCCCAUACUGUCAAGGUUAUGGAUGUCACUGCUGAGCACUUGAAGAUGCUUGUCAAGGAUGUGAUUAAGGAUGUUAGGGAGGAUUGGGGAGUGGAGAUAGUGGCAGUUACAUCAGAUGCAUCUGCUCCUGACUGCUAUGCCCAUCAGAUCAACCUUGUAGUUGGAGACUACUUCAAAGUUUCACAGGUCCAAACCUUCCUGACUACCACCAAGAAAGCCACUGAGCUUAUCACCUGGAUAAGAAGUAAAACACAGGUGCAGGCUAUACUGAGGGAUAUCCAGACCGGAGUCAAUCUUGUCGACCCUUCAGCUUCUCAUAAAAUUCUUGCAAGACAUGAAAGGGAGAGGGGAAUUGGAGGGAAUAAAUGUCAUAUUGUUGUUGGGGAUGCUGCAUCAUGUAGAAAGGCAGAAGAGAUGUUGGGGGUUAUUGAAGAUUCACUCUUCUGGCAUACUCUUGCCAAGCAACCACUGGCAUUGGCUGCAAAUUUCACACAAGCUACACAUUGUCAGUUGGAUGAGGUUUUAAUCAUGUUUGGCUUUUUGACAUUGAAGUAUGAGGAGUUAUUGGGAGCUUCAUCUGGAGAGGACACAGUCAUGGUCUCAGCAAUCAUAGACAGCUUGGAGAAAUGCUGGAGCAAGAGUGACCAAGAUGUGUUCAUUGCAGCUGUCAUCCUCAACCCCAUGUACAAGAUGAGGCCAUUUGCAAAAAUCCACAAAUUUACCCAUGCUGGCAUAUAUAUGCUGCUGAUCAAACUUUGGAAGUGUUUCUACUGUGGUGCUGAGCCUCCUGCCCAGCUUCAGCAAGAAAUGAUGGACUAUUUGCAAGGUAGUGGUGACUAUGAAGGAAUGGACACUUGGGUUCAAUCUACAGUUCAAAUAUCUAUCACCAAUCACCAACAUCCUGAUCCUAUCCAGAUGUAUGAGACAAUUCCUCCCUCCACUGUACAACCCCAGUCCACCCAGUCAGGUACUGACAGUUCUGAGGAGUCUUCCAGUGAUCCUGGGGAUCAAACCUUAUCCAGCUCAGGUGCUGAAAGUGGAGAGCCAGAAUCUUUUGCUGAAAUUGUGGAUGUCCUUGGCCAAUGGUCAGAUGCAGAUGAUGAGGGUGAUGUUGAUUUCACUUCUCCAUUUGAGAAGGAAACAAUCUCUUCACUCUUCAACUUUCAGGAAAAAAGCUGGGUGGAGAUGACAGAGAGAAUUGGUCUUAGGACCCUGGAUGAAGAAUUGGAGUUGUAUGAAUUAAUUGAACUUGAUGCAGAGGGUGAAGAUGAUGAGCAAGAAUUUGAUAGCAUGAUGAGCAAUACUGUGUAA